CUUUCUCCUCCACGAGCUGACCAGGCAGAAGCUGUGCAGCUGGAGCGGGCCCCGAAUGUCGCUGCAGAUAGCUGUAGCUCAUACGGGCCAGCGUUUUGACGCUGAUCCCGUCGGCUUCAAUUCGGUCGAUGCGCUGAAGCAGUGGAUCGCGACCGUAGUGAACAUACCGCCCGAGCACCAGAUACUACUGACGCCGCGCGGGAAGCACGUAAAGCUGCAGACACUGCUGACAGAGAAGGACCUCUUCGUCUACGAUCGCGAGCUCUCCGCUGUGUCCCAGGCUGCCUCCAUCGAAGCACCGCUCCCCGAACCCUUUGCCCCCGAUGACCCACCCGAUACCUUAUCCAGCCACACCGACCUCAGAGCAUGGCAGACACUAUUCCAGGCCCGCCGCGACUGGGCCUACGCUGUCCUGGAGCAGGCACUCUCCAUGUCCCGCGCGGCCUCCCAGACCUUCGCCGAGCAAGCAACCAUAGAGAAAGCAACGCAAGUUGCUGUCGGAAAUCCUGGCGCACACGUCAAAGGUUUAGAGCAGAAACACCGCGAGGCAAAGGAGUGGUUCGAUGGGGUCGAGAAAGAAGCAGUCGAGAACCUGCGAAGACUGGAUGCGGAUUAUGGUCAACUGGGGGCAAUACCAGCCAAGGGCGAAUUCAUUCAAUUCUUGGCCAAGGAGUUACGAUCGGCGCAAACAGUACAGAGCGUCCGCAAGAGCUCCUCUGCUGGUCGGGCAAUGUCUCUGCAGGACUUUCUGGACUUUGACUCGAUUAAACAAGCCACAGGCGUGAGCAAAGCCGUUCGCGAAGUGUUCAAGAAACAUUUGGCGGACAUGGGUGCUCAAGUGGAGAGGAUCGGUGGCGAAUACAACGACCUUCAGGGCGCGGCAGGGCAGAGUCAAAGUAGGUCAUUGGUAGACGACUCGGAGGAACCCCCUCGGCUGUACAACGAGAUCGAUCUGGUGGUCAAGAAAGUAAAUUCGGAUCUGGGACACGUCAUGGGCCUCCCUUCAGAUCCCAAAUCGGUGGCCUCGGUAUCCAAGAUGGCAUUACUGCAUACCCGAAAUUUCCUACCUGCGAUCAAGGAGUACAGCAUCGAGAUGAGCGAUCUGGUCAGACGGUCUGUAGAGCAGAAGAACAACGCGGUUCGGGGCGCAGUUGAGAGCAUGCGCGGAGUUGCUGAUAUCGGAUCCAAUAUAGCGAGACUUCACGCGGAACUGGACAACAUUAAUCUCCCGCCAGAAGGCAUGGCUGCGUUUGAGUUGAUAUCGCUCGUCGGAAGACUGCCUUUUGUCUAUGGGACACUCAUGGUCGAAUCCGUGCGCCGGCGCGAAUGGGCUGAGAAGAUGCAGAGAGAUACAUCAUCGCUUGCCGAAGAGAUGGCUACGUUCCAAGAAGAAGAGGACCGCCGCAGAAAGAAAUGGCUGAAACAGGUCUCGGAUGUGGUCAACCUGGAGGCUGUACAGACGAGCCCAUCGGGCUUCGAGAUGAACAUCCAGCCUGAGAAGAAUUGGCCAGAAGUCACUCGUGUCGAGCUCAACGACUACCACAAGAUACUGCAAGGGCUCGAAGGACAGAGUACUGAGGCUGAGACGCUGGCUCAGACCAUCAAAGACCUGGACCGGCCUACGCGGCAGCAAGUCAAGCGCGCAAAAGCCUUCAAGAUGGGAAGUGUUCAUGAGCCUGCCUUUGGCAAAAAUUCCCAGCUUAUGUUGAGAGGAGACGAAGAGCUUCGCGUGCUGAAAGAGGCAAAUGCCAAGCUAGAGGACGAACUAAGGGGCUCCAAGAGUAGAGUGCGACGCUUGGAGGAUGUCCUACACCGCCAGAACCACAUCAAUAGGCUCUCGAUUGGAGGUGGUAUGCCAUCUUUUGGACCGCAGAGCCCUGCUGAUCCCUCCACCCCGACAAUCGAGGCACCAUCCCCUGGGCCAAUGGUAGAACAUUCUCGAAGAUCGUCAGUGUCUUCACGGCGUUUCUCUACGAAUCAAGGCCAAGACGACAAGCGUCGAAUUGUACGCCUAGAGCAAGAACUGGCGACUGAGAAGGAGGCACGCACCAGUCUUGAGAAAGAGGCACAAGCGAAGAAAGACGAAGAGUUGACACUGCAAACACAGAUCAACGAAGCGGUUUCUACCAAAGCUGAGCUCAUGGAGAACAUGAAAGCACAGCAGAAGGAAUUCGCUGAUGAGCGACGCUCCUUGGAACAAGAGAUACAGGCGUAUAAGAGCAAGAUCGAAGAGGCUGAGGAUGAGCUAGAUCGCGUACUUGGCAGUCGUGACCACGAGCGGACAGGCGUCGAUGCAAAAAUUCAGGAACUGGUGGCUGAGAUUGAGAGGGUCCGUAAACACGCCGCAGAGCAAAGCAAAGAAGCAAAUAAGCGGGUUGCCGACGUACGAGCCGAGCUUGAAAAACGGAAUAGAGCGCACGACGAGCAAUACCAAUCACUCUCCAACGCAUUCACUCAUCUGCAGCCCGCUACAGAAGUCCCUAGCGACACCCAGUCGCUGGUCAGGCAUAUCGAAGUUCUGGCUGAGCGUUCUUCAGAUCACCUUCAUGCGCUCCAACAAGCUGUAGCGAUGGCAAAAGCAGAGAACGAGAGUGCUCGUCGCACAGCAAAUGAGCAAGAAACGGCCCUGAAGUCUAAGCUCGUCAAUGAGGAGACGACAACACUGUCCUUACGUGAGCAGUUGGACAAGGCAAAUGCAAAGGUCACAUCUAUCUCCACAGAGCUCGACGAAGAACGCCAACACCUCCAUGAUUUGAGGGCCAAGUUCGCAGAAGGUGAAACAGGUUCCGAAGCACUCAGAAAGCGUGUGGAAGAGGAAGAAGAGAAACUCGGGCGACUCCAGAUGGAACUCGCGGAGGAGAGAGGCCACUCAAACAGCCUGGAUGUCGAGCUUAUGCACCUGCAGAAGAAGAUCCUAAAGUACGAAGAAUUUGAUUCUUCAAGAACCCACGAGCGAUUGCGCCGUGCCAAGGAACUCAGCAAGCGCGUAUACUCGCAACAGGAUCGUUUGCUUCGUCUCGUAGAUUCGCUCGGAUAUGUCAUCACUUUCGAAGACGGCACCAUGACCUUGCAUCGAGCGUCAAAGGUCGGUAAUAGCACGACACUGUCCGACACCAUCGGUCUGGGCAGGAGCACUACCACGCCUUCGCCUACACCUCUGAAGCAGCAGCUUGAGAACUACGCUGACCUUGCAUUCCUACACUGGACGGAGUCGACAGAUCCCGAGGAAGAGGACCAACGCUACCACGAGCUCAUGGACAACCUCAACAGAUUCGAUCUGGACACUUUCUGCGAGUUCUUUUCUAAGCGCAUGCGAGACAUUGAAUACACAGCUCGUAAAUUCAAGCACGAGACCCGUGCCUACCGCGAGAAAGCCAAAGCUCUUCAGACCGAAUCGCACAACAAGAUCGCCUACCGCUCAUUUAAAGAAGGCGAUCUAGCCCUCUUCCUCCCUACGCGCAACCAGGCCACCCGACCCUGGGCCGCCUUCAACGUCGGAGCCCCGCACUUCUUCCUCCGCGAAGAAGAAUCGCACAGACUGCAAGGCCGCGACUGGCUCGUAGCGCGCAUCUCCAAAGUUGAAGAGCGUAUCGUCGACCUCUCCAAAACAAUUGACACAGCAGCCCGCGCCUCCAUCGACGGCCGCUCCGUUGCCUCCAGCAGCGCCGUCUCCUUCGAAGACGACAACCCCUUCGAGCUCUCCGACGGGCUGCGGUGGUAUCUCAUCGAAGCCACCGAAGAGAAGCCCGGCGCGCCGGGCGGCCCCGGGCUCGGCAAGUCUGCCGCCGCCGCCGCAGUAACCCGCAUCGACGGGCAAGGCAAAAUGGAAAAGAAAGCCCCCGGCGCCGACCCCGCGAAGACGCUGGGCAAGUCGCUCGACAGCCGGCGCAGCAGCGGAACUAGCAGGAAGAGCGUCCCCGUGGUGAGCCACCGCAACUCAAUGGACGUCGGCGAGGCGGUCGUGGACUCGGGUCCUAAUUCCAAUAACGCGACGAGAGGCGCGAGUCCGGCUGGGGGAAAUGGGCCAGGCCCAAGUCAUCUGAGGGAGAGCGAGGCUAGCGGUGCAGCGAGCGAGUACCAGGUCAGGAAGGACCACCUCUGGGGCCCUUAGGUUUGCAGUUGCUGCGCAGUGUAAAUCUAAGCGCCCGCGUUGCCGUCGAGCCGGGCUGACUUGUGACAGGGUCGCGCGUCUUCGUCUGAGCGGUAUGUCUCGCCAAGCAGGGGCUUCUCGCUUGGGUCGUCGAGUAUGGCUGGUAGUGGUAGUGGUGUGUUGCGCGGUGCUGAGGCGAGGAUGGGGCCGCCGGAUACGCAGAGGGUUGUGCGUGAGGGCGAGGCUGCGAGGACGGCUAGUCCGGCGACGAGCCCAAGGAAGCAGCCGCCUGGGCGGAAGGGGAGUAUUUGGGAUAGUUUAUUCCAUGUUGAUGUAACUUAUCAGAAGUCGAGGUAGGGGACGUGUGUUUUUAUAUUCGUGUUUGGGUUAUCUAUCUAGCAUGGUGUUACGGAGGGGGAAGGGUCUCCGGAGACGCGAUUGAUGUUCUAGAAUGGGUUCAGACUGAGUACAUCAGUGGUCUAGGGGAGCGAAUGUAUUACUUGGAUUUCGAG